AUGUAUGAAGCAUCACAGAGAAGUUUGAUAUUGCACAGAUUGGUUAGGUCUUGGUUGUCUUUUAGUCGUAAAAAUGGUAUCAACACAUGGGUUGCACACGGAUCAUUAUUAUCGUGGUACUGGAAUGGGUUUGCCUUUCCAUGGGAUUAUGAUAUUGACGUGCAGGUUCCCGUUAUGGAUUUGCAUAAAUUGUCAUUACAGUUUAAUCAGACUUUAGUUGUUGAAGAUAUGGAAGAGGGCUAUGGAAGAUACUUUUUAGAUUGUGGAUCUUUUAUUACAUUAAGAGCUAAGGGAAAUGGUAAUAAUAAUAUUGAUGCUAGAUUUAUAGAUAUUGAUACAGGUAUCUAUAUUGAUAUUACGGGAUUAGCAGUAUCUAACACAAAACCACCAGAUAGAUACAAGGAACUUUAUCCUGAUCAAUGGGCCGAUAAUGCUGAAGAUUACACGGAAGUUAAUAAAGGUAUGAAAGCAUAUAAUUGUCGUAAUAACCAUUUCUCAACACUAGAUGAAUUAUCUCCCUUAGUGAAAACAUAUGUUGAAGGUGAAAUAUCUUAUGUUCCUAGGAGAUACAGUGAUAUUUUGUCUGUCGAAUACCCUAAGGGAUUAUUAAGUAAACAAUAUAGUGGACAUGUGUACAUACCUCAAUUGCGAUUAUGGGUUAAAGAAGGGGAUUUGUAUUACUUUUUGCAUGACAGGGAGAAGUGGAAGGUACACAACUACAAUGAAGAAUAUUCCAAUAUCGAGUCACAAGAAGAUUUGGACAAAGAGAAUGCUAGGUUUGAAUUGACCGAAUCUCAAAAAGCAAAGUUAUUAGAUGAAGCAGCAACAAGGAAAAAAUUAGGUCAAUCUGGCGAGAAAUCAACAAAAUUAAGCGACAAAGAUUUGCAUACUAUUUAUAAUUUCAAACCAGAGCAACUUCUUGAAUUAUUAUCCAAAGACGAGCUUUUCAUUAAUUAUUGUCUGACUAGGGGCUUUACUUUCUUCCAUCAGGAAGAAAUAAUGAGACUCUUGUUUGGCAAAUCCACCGAGAAUUUGCUUAAAUCGCAAGAUUCAUUCAGGCCAUUUACAACCAACAUGCUCGAUUAUCAUAUUCAUAACAACGGCUAUGACUACGACGAACAAGUCGAUAAGUACAUUGCCUUGUUUGCUGCAUAUUCAUCAUAG